GGGUGGAGAAGACCACUCCUUCUCAGGAGGGAUACCUACAGACAUAACUCAACUUUAAGUCAGUUUGUCUCUCACUGUCACAAAAUGCUUUUCCUCCUGAUCUUUGGGAUUGCGCUUCUCCCUAAAGCCUUCACUUUGAAAUGCUUUGAGUGUUCAUCGGAUGACUCGGGAUCCUGCACAGACACAGCAAAGGAAUGUGCAUCGCAGGGUUUUCAGUGUGGCGCACAAAGAGUCCUCAUUUAUAACGGCGCCUCAAAACUCAGUGACUUCAACAUGAAAAUGUGUGCUUUGGCUGAGCAGUGUGUUGAAGGCUCAGUCAACUUUGGAGUCACCAGAAUGGUACUUACCAGCCAUUGUUGCACCUCCGAGCUCUGCAACAAUCAACCUGCCCCUGACCCCAGCAAAUCCAAGGUCAAUGGUAAAAAGUGCUUCCGCUGUGAUGGACACACGUGCACUGCAACUCUGAACUGCGAGGGGAAUGAGGACUACUGCAUGUCAACAACAGAGGAUAUAGGCGGUGAAAACGUGACCGUGAAGGGCUGUGCUUCCAAGCUGAUGUGCUUGAGUUCACCAAGUUUACAGAUGGCUGGAACCGUUGGAGCGACACUGAGCUGCUGUCAGGGUGAUUUCUGCAACAGUGCCAGCAGCACAAGCGCUGGUCUUCUGCUCCUGGUGGCAGCGCUGAUCUCUUUGGUCAUGUCCUCUUAGUUUACAGAGACGACGGCAUCACUGCUCAAUUUUUCUUCUCAUCUUCACAUGUCCUCAUAGUGUCCACAGCCCGCUUCCUUUACUUUAAUCAGAUGAAUGAGCAAGUAGAAAAUCAAGCAAGCAAAGUAGGAAAAUGUAAUUUUUUGAACAUGAGUUAUGAUUCUCAGUGCCAUUAUUAACCUGAUCAUAUUUACAUUAGCCAUAUCAAAAUAUUUUGGCUGUUCUCAAUAAAGAGCUAAAUAAAUGCACUGGUGCCAGAAUA